AUGUGCAAGCAAGGUACUAUGCGCUAUCUUCUCAUGCUUCAGAACAAUCUCACCUGUGAAAUUCCAGCUAGUUACGCCAACUGUUCAACUCUACGUUUUUUCAAAGUCAACAAUAACUCCCUUUCAGGUAUCGUUCCCGCUGGAAUCUGGGGAUUACCAAAUGUAUACACAAUUGAUAUCGCAUUGAAUUAUAUUGAAGGCCCAAUUGCGUCCGAUAUAAAAAAUGCCAAGAGUCUUGCACAAUUAUUUGCGGCAAACAAUCGCUUAUCUGGUGAAUUACCUGCAGAGAUUUCAGAAGCCACACUGAUUGUGGAGAUCCCAUAUCUGAUUUGUAACUUAUGUUUACUUCAAAUCUUGGAUGUCUCUAAUAAUAGUUUGAGUGGUAAGAUCCCAAAAUGUUUGGGAAAUUUCAGUGAUAAUCUUCAGGUGAUGGAUUUUAGAAUGAAUAACUUCUACGGCACCAUCAUUGAUACAUUUGCAAAGGGUAAUCAGUUGAGAACUCUUGUCUUUAAUGAUAAUCAUUUAGAAGGGUUGUUACCAAAAUCUUUGGUCAAUUGUACAAAUUUGGAAGUUCUUGACCUUGGAAAUAACAACAUAAAUGAUCUUUUUCCCCAUUGGUUGGAAGCACUUACCACUCUACGAGUUCUUGUCUUGAAAUCCAAUAGAUUCUAUGGUCCUAUAGGAAAUCAUAACAUUAGUGGGAUAUUUGUCCCUAAGCUACGAAUUCUUGACCUCUCACAAAAUGAGUUUAAUGGUCUUUUACCAAGAAAUUAUUUUGAAAACUUGAAUGCCAUGAUGAUUGACGAAGAAGGUAACCAUGAACCAAUGUAUUUGGGUAAAAGUUCUUAUUAUCAUGAUUCUGUGGUGGUGACCGUGAAAGGGAAACGGUUGGAGAUUAAACUGCAAAGAAUUCUAUCUUCACAACAAUUGAUUUUUCAAGUAAUAAAUUCGAAGGAGAGAUUCCAGAAGCACUUGGAAGGCUUAUAA